GCCUACAUUUCUCUCAGAGCACCGUGUGAGGAAUGAAGCAUUGCCAUGGGUUUUAUGGAGUUAUACCUAGAGAUUGACCCAGUAACUUUAAACCUUAUAAUUCUCAUUGCCAGCUACGUAAUACUGCUCCUGGUAUUUCUCAUCUCCUGUGUCCUCUACGACUGCCGAGGAAAAGACCCCUCUAAGGAGUAUGAUGCUGAGCCUCCAGCCCCCCAGCAGCAGACUUCUGUUCAGCUUGUGGCAAACUCUCCACCAUCUGCCCAGUUUAACGAGCAAAAUAACACCGGUGUCAACCGCUAUGUGCCACCCAACCCUGAAACACGUGAGAAGAGGAGCACACUGGUAUAAACAGCCAGCAGGUCUCUUGGACAGGAAAAAAAACUAAGUUACUUUAUUUUCUUUUGACUUUCCAAACUAUGAAUAAUUCCACUACAAGCAAGCUAACAAGAGGACCAUCUAUAAUCCAGGACACACAACAAGAAUGCUUACAGAUUCUAGAAAUGUCAGCAUACUGUAGCUACUGGGCCCAGAGACUGAGAUCAUCUGAGAAAAAUGCUAAAGA